UUUACUUUUCUAGCUAUCAUUUGGAUAAACAAACAAUGGAUUCUAGUCGUGAUGACAGUUCAAGCGAUGAACGGGGUACUUCUACGGACACCAACAACAAUCAGGAUAGGAGGCAUUACCAUCGCCACACUAAUCAACAAAUUCAAAGGCUCGAAGCGUAUUUCAAGGAGUGUCCUCAUCCAGACGAUUUGCAGAGACGUCAAUUGGGUGAAGAACUGAAUCUGAAACCAAAACAAAUCAAAUUCUGGUUUCAAAACAAAAGAACCCAAGCCAAGUCUCACAAUGAAAGAGCAGGCAACGCAGUACUUAGAGCAGAGAACAUGAGGAUGAGACGUGAGAACGAAGCAAUGGAAGACGCACUAAAGAAUGUGGUUUGCGCUCCAUGUGGUGGUCGUGGUUUUGGUAGAGAGGAAAAACAACGCAAUAUCCAAAAACUGCGUUCGGAAAAUGCUUUUCUCAAAAGAGAGUUUGAAAGAGUCUCAAACUUCCUAGCUCAACAAGGAGGUCACUCGAUGCCUAGCGUUGGUGCCUUUACUUAUCCCCAUGGUCCAUCAACCUAUGGAUCAACCUCCAAUAAUCGUCGUGCCUCGUAUAGAACAUCCUCUAACCAUCUUCCCCAGCCUUCAUGCUCAUUAAGAGGACCAUAUGCUCGUGGAAACAUCAGCAUCAACCAACCACAUCAGCUGCAAAACGAAAUACCAGUCCAUCAUUUCCCUCCGCUAUCUCAAAUGGAGAAACUGGUGAUGUUUGAAACAGCAGCGAAAGCGGUGGCAGAGGUUAUGAUUCUCAUUCAAAUGGAAGAAUCAUUGUGGAAGAAGUCGUCUAUUGAUGAUAGGCUCGUCAUUGAUCCAACGAAUUACGAGAAAUGUUUUGCGAAGAUUAGCCAUUUCAAGGGCCCAAGUGGUCGUUCUGAGUCUUCUAAGGAAGUCGUGGUGGUUCAAACGGAUGCAAGAAUCUUGGUUGACAUGUUCUUAGAUACGGAGAAAUGGGCGAGGCUUUUUCCAACAAUUGUCAACGAAGCUAAGACUAUCCACGUGUUGGAUUCAAUGGACAACGGAAGACAAACCUUGGCGACAGUGAUAUAUGAGCAAAUGCACAUACUGUCUCCAUUGGUGCCACCGAGAGAGUUUAUAAUCCUAAGAAGUUGCCAACAAAUGGAAGAAAAUGUCUGGAUGAUAGCUGACGUGUCCUGUAACCUCCCAAACGUUGCAUUUGAGUCUAUGGCUCCGAUUUGCACCAAACAUCCCUCUGGUGUACUCAUUGAAGCAUUGCCCAAUGGUUGCUCUAAGGUGACGUGGAUAGAGCACGUGGAAGUAACUGAUAAAAUGCGACCACAUCGGCUUUACAGAGACCUCUUCUUAUAUGGCGGUUUGGGCUACGGAGCUCGACGUUGGACCGUUACUCUUGAGAGGAUGUGUGAGAGGCUGUAUCUCUCCUCCAUAUCCGACUUCCCCAACAAUGACUACGCUGGAGUUGUGCAAACAAUAGAAGGCAGGAGGAGCGUAAUGAAAUUGGGAGAAAGAAUGUUGAAGGACUUUGCAUGGAUGAUAAAUAUGGAAGAGAAACUCGAUUUCUCGCAACAGUCUGAAACCAACAACAGCGGAGUUAGUAUUGCUGUGCGGUUAAACAACGAGGCUGGUCAACCGCCCGGUCUCAUUCUCUGCGCUGGUUCAUCUUUAUGCCUCCCUCUCCCUCCUCCCCAAGUAUACGAUUUCCUCAGAAAUCUGAACAUUCGUCACCAGUGGGACGUUCUCUGCAAUGGGAAUCCAGUGACCGAGCCUGCUCGUUUUGUCACCGGAACCGACACGAAGAACAAUGUGAAUUUUAUCCAGGCUUCAAGUGGAGGGGACAAUAAUAGUAAAUUGAUGAUACUACAAGAUGGCUUCAUAGAUGCAUUAGGAGGUAUGGUGGUCUACGCUCCAAUGGAUCUAGAUACAGCAGCAGCCGCCAUUUCAGGCCAAGUCGAUCCUUCCGCCAUUCCAAUCCUCCCUUCCGGUUUCAUCAUCUCCCGCGACGGCCGUCCUAAUUCAGCCGAGGAUCCCGACGGUGGUAGCUCAACACUCCUCACCGUGGCCUUCCAGAUCCUUGUCUGUGAUCCGAAUUACAGUGCUGCUUUCAAGGUGGAAGAAUCUGCCGCCACAGUCAAUAACGUGAUCAGCUCCACAGUUCAAAGGAUCAAAGCCAUGCUUAACUGCGACUGAUGGAGUGAUCAUGGUAACUGAUCAGAGAGUUACAAGCUCGCAAAUCUCAACUCUUAAGUUUUCUUUCCUUUGCAAAUUAAUAAAGUGAGAAGAGAGUAUUCUCCGAUGAUUCUCUAAGGAGAGAGUCAUGUUUUUUCGUUUGUUAUAAACUCAUUACAAUAAAAUUUCUAAGGCAAGGGCCUUGGAUAUAAACAAUAUUUAUUACUGUAUGUAUGUUGGUGCCUUUUUGCAUGGCAUGUU